AUGUCGACGGGACAAACACGGUGGAGCAAGUCGUCAAUGAUCGCAAACCCCAGCGAGGGCAUCAAUUACGCCAUUGCUACAAUCUUGGAGUUCACUAAGAUUGGUCCGCCUUAUUUGGACUGGCCGGAGGAUCUUCGCGAUCUGACGGUAGACUACUAUGCAGUUUGCAAGGGAGGCCUGGAGGUGGAUGCCCAAUCGACACGAUCGAAAGACAGGAAGAGCGAGCAGCCGAUAUUAUCCGCUCAGAGAUACCUCACCUUCUCCAAAGACGUCACUAACCUGGACAUUCAAGAACCAGAGAAUGCGGCAAUCCUCAACGCAACGGUAUCAACCUUUGCUCGCAAGGCCGUCAGAUCGUUCCAGGAGCUCGUCAAGAGACUACACCUCAACUGCCCCGUCGUCAUCUCUCAAACCGGCGGCACUAUCCUUUCGGGAGAGAUAGUCGCCAACGGGAUAUUCUACAGCGGCCCGACAAACAGCAUGCGAGGAGCCGCCUCUCUGGUGCCGGAUCAACAGCUCAGCGAGGGUGCCGCCGUCAUGGUCAUCGAUACUGGCGGCACGGCGACCGACGUCGGCGUCCUACAGGCCAACGGUCUCCCCCGCCAAGAAGCCGCUUACAACAAGUUCGCUGGGUCCGCUUCAACUUUCUCCUACUCAGACGUCAAGAGCAUCGGUCUGGGCGAGGGUUCCAUGGUCCGGAAGGACUGCGCCGUCCUCGCCAACUCGACGUCGUCGCAACCCUCGUCUGCUCCCAUCGGAGACGCCACCUUGGUCCAGGGUGCGCUCGAUGACCAGAAAGUGGCUCAGUUCACCGCCAUUGUCAAGCAAAAGCUCGAAAUGGUGAUUGAUACUUACUAUGGAGACCUCGUCCGACGACAUUCCCGUCCUCCUCAUUGGCGGCGGCGCCGUGAUUGCGCCUUUCUAGAUCGACCCACGGCGAUCCCAGGUGAGGUGGGGAACAAGGCGAAGGAGAAGGGCAUCGCCGCGGGUGCGGUUCCUUCGUCUGUUCGGAUCGUGGAUCUGGGUACGAUACCACUGGCUCGCCGGGAAUGGGAGCAUCGUCACAAUGUCGCGCGCGUCUUCGGACAAUCAGGUCGAGCAGGCGAUGCGUGCGGCCUGGCGGGGAUGGGCUCGCAGGUGGCCGUCGCUGACCCGCCGGUGACGGGAGCCGAGACUAAGAGGAUACCGAAGAUCUCGUUCAAAAACAAGAAAAUUGCUGCAAUCAGGGCUAUAUCUGCUACAUCCGGGCCACGAGAAGCUGGGAAAUCACAACAGGAAGAUAUCCUCGCUCUUGUGCCAGAUCUUAUCGUGGCCAUUAACGCAUAA